GUAAAAAAACAUGCAAAGCUGCCGCUUAGGCCCUUUUGUAUGAAAAUGUCUCACUGAACUCAACUGCCCGGUAACCGGUGUCGGGCUAUCUCCUCCGCCGUCAGAAACGGUUACAGACUCCGUUUUCUUCCAUUCUUCUCCGGAGAAUUCGAUUCUAUCGCAAUUUGAAACGGUGGUUGCACUUCCCGCCUCUGCACAAGGCAAAGUACUGGUGACUGAAUUGCGUUGCGGAAGAGAAGAGAAAAGAAGAUAUUGAUGGAGAGUUUCAACUUCAAGAACCGCGUUGACGAGCUUGUUUCGAAAGUUGAUCAGCUUGAGCAGAAAGGGCAAGUGAUUGGUAGUUUUUUCUCCAGCGUGAAUAAAAAGCAAAAUGACGUGCUAAAAGGUAACUCAACUACGAAGGACAAAGAUAAGGAGAAACAUGUUCCAAGUGUUAAGAAGCAACUGCUGGAUGCAUCACGUAGAGACGCAGCUGCUCAGAAAAGAAUGCAAGAUCUUAUACGCCAGUUUGGCACAAUAUUACGCCAGAUGACACAACACAAAUGGGCUUGGCCUUUUAUGCAACCAGUGGAUGUAGAGGGCCUUGGCUUAAAUGAUUAUUAUGAGGUCAUUGACAAGCCCAUGGAUUUCAAUACCAUUAAGAAUCAAAUGGAACUUCAGGAUGGUAUUGGAUAUAAGCAUGUUCGGGAAGUAUGUGCUGAUGUGAGGUUGGUUUUCAAGAAUGCAAUGAAAUAUAAUGACGAAAGAAGUGAUGUUCAUGUGAUGGCAAAAACUUUACUGGAAAAGUUUGAGGAGAAAUGGUUGCAAUUUCUACCAAAAGUUACUGAAGAGGAAACAAGACGUGAAGAGGAAGAAGCUGAAGCACAGUUAGCCAUGCAAAUUGCUCAAGAAGCAGCUCAUGCUAAAAUGGCUAGAGACUUGAGUAAUGAGCUGGAUGAAAUUGAUGCACAUUUAGAAGAGCUACGGGAGAUGGUUGUUAAAAGAUGCAGAAAAAUGUCAUCAGCAGAAAAGAGAAACCUUGGUAUUGAUCUCGCCAGACUGUCUGCCGAGGAUCUUAGCAGAGCAUUGGAUAUUGUUGCCCAAGCUAAUCCAAGCUUCCAAGCAAAUGCUGACGAGGUGGAACUUGACAUCAAUGCUCAGAGUGAGUCUACCUUGUGGAGGUUGAAUUUUUUUGUUAGGGAUGCUCUCGAAGUCCAGAGCAAGAAUUCAGGAAGCAUGGGUGUAGAUGAAAACCCGAACAACAAGCGUAAAAGAGAAUUGUGCGAUGCUAUUGCUAAAGUAUCAAAGAAGAAGAAGUCCAAGAAGCUUAUUUGAAGGUCUUUUGGAGAUAACAUGUUACUCUUAGGUUGUCUUGAGUUAGUGAUGAUAACCCGAGGAGUUCUUUUCUAAAUAACUUAAGCCAACCACCACUUUGUUUGAUGUAGAAAUUUUCUUGGAAACUGGCACAAAUUGCGUUGCUCGCAUUUGUCUCUUAUCAAGCAUAGUUUUGUUUAGGUGGUUUGUUUUUGCUUUCAAAGAAAUCCUUGAAAUUUAACUUAGUUUUGGAGGCAUUUUUUUCGCAGUCCCUUUGUUCUUCAGGACCCUGUAACAUUCAUUUAAUCAUUUCCAAUGUUUAACUGAUACAAGUUUAUUA